AAACAUAUUAACAUAUUUUAGUUUCUGUUACAAAAUAUUGAAGAAAUCAGUGUUUUCGUUCAACUCAAAAUGGUUACAACAAAUAUAAAGACGCAUCGACGACAACUCGUUAGACGUGACAAUAAAGAAGAACAACACCAAAGAGGCGACGAAACGAUCGAAACGAUCGAAACGUACCGAUUAGAAAAAUUCGACGCGCGCCAAAAGAAAGUCACCAGCACCCGAAAAACCGAUGUGGGUCAGGACCGAUGGAAAACCGAGAGUUAGAAACGGACCGAAGUGCCAACACAGCCUCGCACCGAUUUUUCCCCCCAUUCGAAAAACCGAAACGGUGUGCCGCAGGGAGGCGGCUGCGGCGCACGCACCAGAGAUGCCGAUUGCCCCGGACCAGAGGCUACGGUAGAAUUUCUCCCGAUGGAAUGCCGCAUUACCGAUGGAAUUUAACCUCCAAACGGGUAUUAAACACACCUGAGUUUCGUACAGUCAGCCUGGCAAACCGGCCGCGGUGGUACCGCUUCGACGGUACGGCGGCAUCCACUAAACUGCCAUCGCCGACUGUACCGGACCGUCGGCCAAUCGAGUGGUGGACGUACGGUACGGUCGGACGGUCGUGCGGCGCCAGUACUCGUCUGGGCGGGCGCAUUCCAGCGAUAUUUUGCCUCAGAUUGUACCUGACCGCACCGAGUUAAAAUAAGGGAAUUUAGUCAAGUAACGUCGAUGCCGGUACACACUGGAACUUUUCGGUCCCUUUGGUUUUGCGACGCGGCACGUGGAUUUUAUUGAUUUUUUGUGAGGGUGCUGUGACCGUUCGGCUGUUAUUUUUUUUUAUUUAUUUUGAUUAUUUAUUUAUUUAUUUAUUGUGCGACGGUACUGAUUCGGUUUCUGUGCUUUCUAUCUUGUGGAUUUCGAUGUUAUGGAGACGCGCUCGGUUUAUUUAUUGGAUACUUAUUUGAACGCAUGGUGAGAGUGGAACGGGCAGAGGACAGCGUCGCGUCGCAUCGAGGGGGCGGCGGUGGUCGGCGUCGCCUUCGUCCGUGUCGUUAGGAUGGUGGGGCGAUGCGGGGCGCGGUGGGCGGCCUGUGCACGGUGAGCGCCCCGCUGGCCGCGUGCAGCCCGGUAGCCGCGCUGCCGCCCGCCGCCCGUCUGCUGGCGCUCCACGUGCCGCUGCCGCACCACCACACACUCUACUUCGUCGUCCAGGCCAAGUCCCGGGUGCGGGAGCUCUACCGCCAGACAUGCCGUCACUUCCAGCAGCAGGGCAUGCUCGACACCGACCUCUUCGGCCUUGCCAUCAUCUGCGAUGGGGAGUAUUUGUUUGCUGAUCCGGAGAGCAAGCUAUCGAAAUAUGCACCGAAAAGUUGGCGUUCGUCGCACAGUCACGGGCUGGACGCGAACGGACGUCCGGCCUUGGCGUUCUACUUCCGGGUGCAGUUCUACGUGGACAGUCCGCUGCUGUUGCGCGACGACACCACCCGCCACCACUACUACCUCCAGCUGCGCCUCAACGUCGCAUCGGGGGCGGCUGCCGAACAUGCCACCCAUCUUGCAGGUCUGGCGCUUCAAGCGGACCUGGGCGACCAGAAGGAGCCGGUGGCGUACAGACCGGAGGACUACGUGCCUCCGGCCAUGCGAGGACCAGCCGCCCUCAAACUCAUCGAGACCGCCCACAGGACGCAUCGCGGCCUUACCAAGCUCGAGGCCCGUUCCCGUUUCAUAGCGGAGGCCUGCCAGCUCCAGGAACCGGUCAACGCACACGUUUUCAGAUUGAGGGCAUCGAAGGCGGAACAGCCUCCAGGUUCACUGCUACUGGCAGUUUGCCCGCGAGGUUUGAGAGUCUGCCCGGACAACAAUCCGCCGUCCACGUUCCUUUGGAGCAGUAUUGGCAAGCUGAGCUUCGAGAGAAAGAAAUUCGAAAUUCGGACUGGUCACGAAAAAAUCACCUUGUACACGAGCAGCGACGAGAAAAGUCGUCUGCUGCUUUCGCUGUGCAAAGCCGCCCACCAGUUCAGCAUGGCGGUGGCGCCUAGACUCAACGAAGUCAAACGCGAGGAGGAGGAGAAACAGCGAUGGGACUGCAACCAGAGGGUGUCAGUUAUCAGUUCCACCUCCUCCAACACCACCUCGGGAAUUGUCAGUGAUAGGGUUCACUCGGAGGACGAGCUGGAGAUAAUGAUUACGAGUCCUCCGGCACCUUCGACUGAGAGUUUGGCAUUGGCGCAUCUGUUGGACAGCGCACCAGCUAGUAGCAGGACUUCGGCGGCGUCAGCCACGGCGGCUUUGGCUACUUUGAGUUUGCAAGAGGAGGAAGAUGAGGUGCCGAAGCCACCAUGCAGUGAGAGCUCCGGCAAAACUGCCAGUAAAUGCGCUGGAUCGCAGUGCAGUUCGUCGUGCAGUACAGUCGUUGUUACACCUAUACAAUCCAAAACCAAGGGUCGAAGACCGUCGACUAGCAGCAGCUUAGAACUGGGUUACUCACACACCGCUCAGAACUCAGCAGUGAGCGACGCCACCUGCAUAGAACUGGAGACAACAGAUGCCGUUUACACCUCUGGACCAGCUCCUAGCAGUCACACAAGCGGCGUCUACACCCUCACCUCCAGCGAUCAAUACACCUCCAGCCUAAGCGACCAAUAUGCCGCCCCAAGUGAACAAUACAGUUUGCCCAGUGAUCAAAUCGACGGUCACUUUAGAGACAGGACCAACUCAACAUUAAGCAACUCCGGGUCGUUUCACGGUGACGGUAGUGAUCCUACCGACAAUAAACAGGCGUUAUUGUCGGCUGAGGAGCUGUCGGAUUUGAUAGUGGGACGGUAUCCGUCCUGCAAAAGUGUCAGCAACACUCUAGACUCGGACUCGGAUUACGUUACGUUGCCGUCAACGUACGAAAGUUAUGUGCCGGUACCACCGAAACGAAUAGACAGUGUGGACCACCGGUUCAGGCCACCGCCGCCUCCUUACGGCGCCCAAUUGACUAAAAUCAGUGCGGACAGUUCGGUGGACUACGAUGACGCCAGCUUGUCCGAGGACUCGAUGCGUCAUCCGCCGCCAUAUCCCGAGAACCAGACGCCCGUUCCUCCUCCCGGUUACCCGUACGAGGAGGCGGGCGCCCGUUUCAUUACCACGCGCUCGCCCAGUGUUCUGACGGCGCACGCGAGUGCGGUCAGUAUUAGCAGUUCGCCGAGUUAUUCGACGCCCAGUUCAUCGGUGCCUCCGAUUCCGCCCAAAGUUCCGAGGCAUGCGCAUCAGCAGGUCAGUUCGGUGAUUUCCCAGGCUAAUUACCUGGACGUGGCGGCCAGUAAGGCCAGUGUUUUGAUGCCGUGCUCGUUUUUACCUCCACCACCACCUGCGCCGAGGCAACCUCCACCACCUCCGCCUCCAGCUUUAGCCACGGUCUACACCAGUCAGUUGUCCAGGUCACAGAUCGAACAGUACCAACAGCAGAUGUAUAGCGACGUGGACUUCGUAGUGUUUCCACUGAAGGAGCCAGCAAUCAGCAAACAGGAAUACUUGGAGGCGAAACAGGGUUCACUGCUGGCAGCUCUCGCCCACAGUCAACCAGUGUUCUACAGAAGUACGCCCUUCCUACACCGCUAUGCGUCAAGCCAGAACUUGUCCGACACUUACGUGCAACUACCUGUCUACGGUGCUCCAAGCAUAUCCUCAACAGGCAGUUUGGACCCGGCGCCUCCACCAUUGCCUCCAAACAGACCGGGCAAGUUUAUGCGUACCAGAUCGGACGACAACAUCUUGAACUCGUUCGAGGCGCCUCAGCCGCCUAAAUUCAGGAGACUGCCUCCUCCGCCUCCACCUCCGAUUCCGGAAAAGCCCACAGCUCUCCGAAACGAUCCGAAGGUGAAGACUGAGGAGAAGGGUGAGACUAGAGAUGAACGGGGUUCCGCACUGGAUAUUCGCACCCUGAGAGAGAAGAGCAAGAAGAUGGACCUGCCCCUGAUAUCGGCCCUGUGCAACGAUCGUUCGCUUAUAAAGCAAACGAAGGCCUUCGUGAUGCCCAAACAUCCGGGAGCGAAGGUGGUGGGUCAGAGGCACUCUCUGAGCAGCUCUAGGACUAAGUACCCCGUUUCGGGGCUGAGCAGCAUGCAGAUCAACAAGCCGACAAGGAAAACCGUGUCGGUCAGUCAUAGACAUCCCGGUGAUAAACUGCCAGAGAUCCCCAGAGCCACGCCGAACAAUUACGUAAUGACGGACGCCAGGAUACAGCACAAAGUCAUGCAGUCACACUCGUAGAUUUUUUUGUUUAGAUUUUUUUAAUUGUUUUGUUCAAGUAAUCAUAGUACGGUGCUACCGGGGACAUUCCAGUGCUAGCUAGUUACAAAUUGAUUUUAACUCAGGGUGCCAUCACUGCAAUAUGUUUAAAUUAAGGGGAGCGAUCCAUGUUUUGGUCGUUUGAAUGUAUACGACUGAAAUGUCGGUCGCUCGACGAACGUUCUAUGUACAUAAAGGUUUUAUAUUUUUUCUGGCACGUAAGAUUGAAGUACGUUUUUAUUAGCAUUAAUGUAUACACUUGCUCAACUUUUAUUAUAAUUAAAUACCUAAUAUUUUUAUGUUUUUAUUUAUUUCCAAAUUAUAAAAAAGCUUCAUUCAAGUGUAUGGUGCUGCCAUCAUUUUUUUAAAUAAAAAAAAUAUAGAAUAUA